GGGGGGGGCUGCCUCCCCCCCUUUUCCCCCCUAUGGGGGUGUGCUGUAGGUGGGGUCGGAGGUGUGGUUUAUAACAGGAUGGGGCCUGGUCCUUAUCAGGGGGUUCCAGGGGUGGCAGCGGGUUCAGACCCUGCUGAGCUCUGGGACCACGUGGGAGCCCCCCACCCCACUGUACCCCAGCACCGGGCCAUGGCUCUGCUGCUCCUGGCUGCCAUCCUUGCCCUGCUGUGCCCUUCCGUGGUGAGCGCACCCUGCAGGGGCUCAGGAUGCCCUUUGGCAGGGAUUUUUGGCUCAGGGGGAUUCCCUUUGCUUUGCUUUGGGUGCUUGGCUGGGCAUCUUUGUCCUUGAAGCUCUGAAAAGAAGGGGAGGAGGGGAGGGGGGCAGCGGCGCCUUUGUGGGAUGUUCUGAAUUACCCUCGGAGCAGGGGGUGCUGAGGGGUCUUUGGUAGGGGUCAGUUUGGAGGAGUUUGGGGGAUGGAUGAGGGAUGGCGGUGGGAGGAAUCCCAAGGGCGUCCUUCCGUAGGGUGCUGGCGUGCAAGCAGGGGCUUUGGGGUGCUGUGGGGAACUGGAAGGAGAAGGGGGGGAUUGGGGAUCCUGAUGCCCACCUGCAGGUGCAGCUGGCUGGGGUGCUGGAGCUGCGGGUGCUGUCGGCGUGGGGGGGGCCGUGCAGGGGCCCCCCUUCUUGUCGCCUCGUUUUCCGUCUCUGUUUGCGCCCCUCCAUGGGGAUUGGCUGCAGUCUGGGGGCCGCUCAGAGCCCCCCCGGCCCCCCUCCAACCCCAGGGGCUCCACGCAUUCUUCGCUUGCCCUUCGCCUUCCCUUGGCCGGGCACUGUCUCCCUCAUCAUCGAGUCCUGGCGGCUGGAGGAGGCCAAGGGCCCCGGAGGUCCCCAGAGCCGGUUGCUGGGACGUGCGGUGGCACAGCAGCGCUUGGUGCCGGGGGGUCCGUGGCAGGGGGGUGCCGGGGGGGGGCUGCGCUUCAGCACUCGCCUGCGUUGCCGCCUUCCCGCCCGUGGCCCCCGCUGCCUCCCCCCCUGCUCCCCCUGCAUCCGUCGCUGCCUCCCUUACUCUGCCGCCUGCCGCGUCCCCCCACGCCGUCGCUGCCGGCCUCUGUGCUGCGCCCACCGUGAGGCUGUGGGGGCUGAUGGCCGGGGCUGCACCCUUUCCAGCGCUAACAGCACGGUAAGAGCGACGCUUGCGGGGCUGCGCUGCGACCCCCCCGGCCCAAUAUGGCCCCCGUCACCCAAAGCCCCUGAAACGGCGGAGAAAAUCCCCGUGCCGGAUCCGCUGCCGGAGGCAUCGCCGUCACCCUGUGCCCUGGGGCCGUGCUUCAAUGGAGGCGCCUGUGCGCCUGCCCCCAACUCCGGGGCUGGCUACAGCUGCCGCUGCCCCCCCGGCUUCCACGGCUCCAACUGCGAGCGCCGUGCCGACCGCUGCGCCAACCGCCUCUGCCUGCACGGUGGGCACUGCCUGGAUCUGGGUCACAGCGUCAUCUGCAAAUGCCAACCCGGUUUCUCGGGGGCACGAUGCGAAAACAACGUGGACGACUGCAGCCCCAACCCCUGUGCCAACGGCGGCACCUGCGUGGACGGCACCAACAGCUUCAGCUGCUCCUGCACCCUGGGCUACGCUGGAGACGACUGCCGCCAGCGCGCUGAUGCUUGUGCCUCGGGGCCCUGCCUGCACGGUGCUACUUGCUACACCCACUUCUCCGGUCACGUCUGUGCCUGUCCCCCCGGUUACAUGGGACCCCGUUGCGAGGAGGAGGUGGGGGGGGGCCCAGCUGCCCCCUACCGCCGGCCCCCGGCUCCCUUGGCCCUUGCCUGCGCCCUCCCCAUAGCUCUGCUGGGCCCUGGGCUGGGUUUGGUGCUGGCAGCUCGGGGGUGGCGACGGAGGCCAGGGGGCGAGAGCGGCCGCACAUUGGAGCCAAUGAGGGCCCCCAGCCUGAGCCUUCCUGGGCUGGAGCAGCAGCUGCCCCGUGCCUCUGCCACCCAGGUAGGGUCUGAGCAAGAGAGGGGGGCCGCCGUCCAGGCUCAGCACUUGGCUCUUCUUCGUUCCCCUUUUCCAGGUCUGAGGUGACAGUAAUGAACUUCCACCCCAGCCACGUCCUUUGGGGUCACUUCCUCCAUAAACCCCCUUGCGAGGUCCCUGCCGGCUGCAGUGCUGCUGUUCGGCCACGGCAGGGGAUGCAGGGAGGAUGCACAGCAGCUGGAGGCCAAGCGAGGAUGAAGAUGGGCCCCGCUGCGGGCCAACGGUGCUGCAGCUGGAGGCUGCGGGGGCUGCAGGCAAAAUACAGAGAGCAUCAUUUAAAAAACAAACAAAACCAGCAGAGGUGCAGAUGUGGAUUUGAGUCUUCGGUUUUGCUCCUAAAGAGCAGCUUUGAUGGAUGGGAUUUGUACCCUGGCAGAGAGAGCUGCGGGGGUGGCACCGUGCGGCCCAAGGGAGCAGCGGGGUCCAAGGGCUGCUGAGAGCACGGCUGGAGCAGAUGGG